CAAGAACAAACGUCCACUUCUAAAAUUUCGGUGAAGCAGCCAGUGAUUUUUAAUACUCCGCACGCCCAACCCAUCGUCACAGCACAAGUCACUUCCCAAACGUUUCGUAAAAUGACAGGAAUGAGCCUUGGGCUUUGUUAUCCAAAGUUUACCGUCGAUCAUGAGCUUCAAAAAACGUAAUGCCGAUCAACAAAUGAAAUUGCCUCCGGGCUCCAAACUAAGUGCCUACAACGGUCAACUGUUAAUAUCGACUGGUGUGCCGUCGCUCGACGAUAUUCUCGGUGGUGGUUUGCCUGUUGGCACGCUACUGUUGAUCAAAGAAGACAAGGCGACAACCUAUGCGCAGUUGCUGUUAAAGUACUUUAUGGCCCAGGGAUUGGCUUCACAACAUCACUGUGCUUUAGCGUCACGCGAUGAAGAUUCCGGUGAAAUGCUCCGUAACCUUAUGUGGUUAGCCACCACGGAUGCCGAUGUGGACGAAGACGAGGACGAAAAGCAACGAACCGCGCGAUCCAACGCCGAUGCAGACCGAAUGAAGAUUGCAUGGCGCUAUUCUCAUCUUAAAAAGUUUGAAACAAGUGUCAAAGCCAAGCUUGCAACCCCGCCUCCGGUGCCUUCUGAUAAAAACAGUGCUACGUCAGUCGACAAAGCCGAGGCUGCGGUACCGUAUUGUACUCUGUUUGAUCUCACAAAGCGAAUACCGGAAGAACUACUUAAACAAGCCAAUACUACGUUGCUCGAUGCUCCAAACUCGUUUGACGAUCCGGAUUCGGAUGAUUACAAAACACUACUAAACGAUAUUCGACAACUCAUCAUAGAAAAUAACUUUAGUUCCGCGAUACCAGCACCUGCCAAUACUCAACGUAAUAUUUUGCGUCUCGGCAUCCACUCACUUGCAUCCCCCAGUUGGCGAUCGAAAUCUCCUCACGAUCUCUUCAAGUUCUUUCAUGCGCUUCAUGGAUUAUUACGAUUUUCGUUUGGCGCUGCUGUAGUAACAAUUCCGGCUCAUUUGUAUGAGGAGAAUCCGAACUUUAUUCGACGCAUUGAGUAUAUUGCAGACGCAGUCAUUGAAAUCGAAUCCUUUGCAGGUUCAGCAAUACAUAACGAAGCUUCGUAUACGCAAAAUUAUCAUGGCUUCUUCCACGUACAAAAAGUCCCUGUGCUUAAUUCGCUAUUACCGCCGAGCACCAAAUUGUCGGUACUAUCAGCUGGCGGCAGCAAUGAUCUCGCAUUUAAACUUCGACGAAAGCGAUUUGCUAUCGAGACGUUCCAUUUACCGCCGGAAGGAGGAGUGAGCACACGACGAACUGAACCUGUGGCCGAGAAAGAAAGCAGCAAGAAACAAUCCGGGUCCGUGUUAUCUUCACUAGCCAAGAUUUCCGAAAAGAAACCCAUGAAGCGGAUUGAUGGCACCCCAAAAGGCUGCGGAUCUCUUCCAGGCAGACCGGAUCCUCUAGAAUUUUGACGAUCGUUUCCCCAGUAGAGGAAUAGCUUUAUUUACAUGGCAAAUAUAGAAAUAGAGGCCAGGAGGAAAGGAUGUACUCACUUUCUCCACUUGGGUUUUUAACUUUUGCCCCUUGAAAAGAAAAAGUCGGUUUUUUGAAUGCUUUUGGCCAACACCGUUUUAAAAUUUGUGGCUGCCGAGUAAUACUUAAUUAGUCACACAAGGAAUGGGAAGGAAAGAAAUACACUUUUAUGCAUAUAGAUGCUGGAAUCAUCUGAACCACACUGUGCGCAUGUUUGGUUCGUAC